UGUCAUUAUCUAUUUUCUUAUUGCAGGAAUCUUUGUGGUUUUCUCAACACUGGUGCUGGGGGAGUGGUCUAUUGUGGUGUGACUGAUAACGGAGAAGUUCAGGGCAUCCAUCUUACAAACUACCAGAAAGACCAUGUAUUGCUUUCUGUCCAAGAUCUUUUCUCUAGAUUUGAACCUCCUGUUGAUUCCAGCAUGUACACAGUCCAUUUUGUUCCUGUUGUGACUGAAAAUGAUCAUGUUCCAGACAUCCCAUCUUUUCCUGUAGAUCCUGAGCAACGCAAUACUCCACACAUCUUGAGGACUUCCAAAUAUUGCUGGUGUGACAAGGAUGCCUCAGCUCAGCAUGACUUUGGUAUGAUUUCUCAACUAUACGUCAUUGAAAUCGAAGUUUUCCCCUGGAAUCCAAAGUCCCCUUUGUCUGUGACGUCUGUAACUCCUAUUCACCCCCUUUUUUGCAACGAAGAAGGACUCCACUUUGUCCGCCGACUUGGUGGUUUGCAUCGACCAACAUUAGCGGAAGUGAUCCAGCUGGCCGAAGCAGAUACUGCCCGAUAUCACACUAUGAAUAAAAAAUGACGCAGUUGUAUUUUGAUGACGCAACCCUCAGUAACGAUAUGAAAUAUCCGAGAUAUCUUGUUUCACGUAAACUGUCUCUUUUGUUUGGAUUUAUUUCUCUUUUUUUCUUCCCAGUUCAUGUCUCCUCAUUCACGCAUUGAAAUGCAAAUGUUUCUUUUUGUCAGGUAUUUAGGGUGUGGCAUAAAAAUACUCUAUUCUUGGCUCCAGUUUUCUAUCUCAGACCCGCUGAAUGUAAACGUUUACCAAGAAGUGCCUGUAAUUACAUGUAAAUAAUUGGCUUUUCUUCAAAUGGAAUACAAUUCCCUGUGCUCAGUUUAA